ACAUUAUAGAUAAAGGGGAAAAUGGGGGGAUUGGCAUCGGGUUUUGCACAAAAUCAGCUAGAUUAAAUAAAAUGCCAGGCUUUGAAGAUAUUUCGUGGGGUUAUAAUGGCGAUGAUGGAAAAUCGUAUAACGCUUAUGGCAAACCAUAUGGAACAGGUUUUAUGACCGGAGAUACUAUUGGAUGUUGCUUAAACUUUAGAAAUAAUACGGUAUUUUAUACAAGAAACGGAGUGAAUCUAGGUAUUGCAUUUCGAGAUUUGAAAAAAGCUUUGUAUCCUUGUGUUGGAAUGAAGUCACCAGGUGGAUCUGUAGGAGCAAACUUUGGCUAUAGAAAGUUCAAAUACACAG